AUGGCUUUCCUCUUCAAGUCCAAGAAGAGCCAGGAUCGCGCGUUGGCGAGCCGCGACGGGGGCAACUCUGGCUCCCAAGGCUCUAUCCAAAGUGCCGGUGGCUCUCGCGUCGCCCGCGACGAAAAGGCAGGCCUCCAUCAGCGCUCAACGCCGACGGGUAGUCUCAACUCGCUGGACAACGAUGGUAGCGCCGGGAGCCCGGAGCGAACCGUCGCUCGUCGCGGAGGUGGAAACCUGGACACGGCCCCGUCCAACGAGCUACCCCCUCAGCUUCGAAACGGCCCCCAGCAGACGAACCCGACUGCUUCGCUCUACCCUUGGUCGCAGCGCCGGUUAACCUAUACCUCGUCCCAUCCGAGUCCCUUUCCCCGCUACGGCGCCGCCGUCAAUGCCACGUCGUCGAAGGAGGGCGACAUCUACUUGAUGGGAGGCUUGAUCAACAGCUCCACCGUCAAGGGCGACCUCUGGAUGAUUGAAGCUGGCGGCAAUAUGGCCUGCUACCCUCUUGCCACCACCGCCGAGGGCCCCGGGCCGAGGGUGGGCCACGCCAGCUUGCUCGUCGGAAACGCUUUCAUUGUCUACGGCGGAGACACCAAGAUCGAGGAAUCGGAUGUUCUUGACGAAACCCUCUACCUUCUCAACACUUCAACGCGACACUGGUCUCGAGCCCUCCCGGCUGGCCCCCGCCCCUCCGGCCGAUACGGCCACUCGCUCAACAUCCUCGGCUCCAAGAUAUUCAUCUUCGGCGGCCAAGUCGAAGGCUUUUUCAUGAAUGACUUGUCCGCCUUCGACCUUAACCAGCUGCAGAUGCCCAACAACCGUUGGGAGAUCCUCGUCAAGGGCGAGGCGUCUCCAAAAGUCCCGGCCGCACGAACGAACCACUCGGUCAUCACUUUCAAUGAUAAGAUGUAUCUCUUCGGCGGCACAAACGGCUUCCAGUGGUUCAAUGACGUCUGGUGCUACGACCCAGCCGUCAACGCCUGGACCCAGCUGGAUUGCAUAGGCUACAUUCCCGCCCCCCGGGAGGGCCAUGCCGCGUCCAUUGUUGACGAUGUCAUGUAUAUCUUCGGCGGCCGCACAGAGGAGGGCAGCGAUCUGGGUGACCUUGCGGCCUUUCGGAUAACUACGCGCCGCUGGUACACGUUUCAAAACAUGGGCCCAUCACCCUCUCCUCGCUCGGGACACAGCAUGACGACGGUUGGCAAGUCCAUCGUCGUUCUCGGUGGUGAGCCGAGUUCAGCCGCUGCUACCAUCAACGACCUCGGCAUACUCUAUGUAUUGGACACGGGCAAGAUUCGAUACCCCAACGACAGCCAGCAGCAGCAGGGGGCCCAGAAGGCGCUCCCAACUCGCCAAAUGAGCGGCAGCGUGCCGAGUGGCAACGAGCUCCAGAACCCUCCGCGCCAAAUGCCGCCUCGUGACGGAGCGACGGCACCGAUGGACACCAGGAGAUUGACUGGAGCGCUCCCUGGCAGCUUCCCCAACGGAAACAUGUCGCCUCCACCAGGUGCCGAGGCCAGCACAGCUAAAGCUGCCCCGACUGCCGCAGCCGCCGCAGCCACCGCCGGGGUUGCCGGGGCCGCUGCCGGGACCGUCAUAUCGAAGUCGCUGCCUACCCCCGCGGCCUCGAGCCCUACUGGACCACCCCCGCAAGGGCCCAUACCAGCCAAGCCGGUGGCUGCUGCUGCUGGCAGCGGACAAACUCGCGGCCCGUCCAUUGAGCGUCCCGCCGAGCGUCCUGUCGAGCGUCCCGUCGAGCGUUCUGCCGAGCGUCCCGCUGAGCGUCCUGUCGAACGUCCCGCUGAACGUUCUGUCGAGCGUUCUGUCGAGCGUCCUGUUGAGCGUCUCGCCGAGCGUCCUGCCGAGCGUUCUGUCGAGCGCCCUGUCGAUCGUCCCGCCGAGCGUCCUGCCGAGCGUCCCGCCGAGCGUUCUGUCGAGCGCCCUGUCGAGCGUCCCGCCGAGCGUCCUGUCGAGCGUCCCGCCGAGCGUUCUGUCGAGCGUUCCGUCGAGCGUUCUGUCGAACGUCCUGUCGAACGUCCUGCGGAGCGUCCUGUCGAACGUCCCGCCGAGCGUCCAGUUGAGCGUCCCGCUGAGCGUUCUGUCGAGCGUCCCGCCGAGCGUCCUGUCGAGCGUCCCGUCGAGCGUUCUGCCGAGCGUCCCGCUGAGCGUCCUGUCGAACGUCCCGCUGAACGUUCUGUCGAGCGUUCUGCCGAGCGUCCUGCUGAGCGUUCUGUCGAGCGUCCCGCCGAGCGUCCCGCCGAGCGUCCUGUCGAGCGUCCUGUCGAGCGUCCUGUCGAGCGUCCUGUCGAGCGUCCUGUCGAGCGUCCUGUCGAGCGUCCUGUCGAGCGUCCUGUCGAGCGUCCUGUCGAGCGUUCUGCCGAUCGUCCUAUCGAUCGGGCCCCUGAACGUGUUGCCGAGCGUGUCGUCGAGCGUUCCCCCCCCACCACCGAGCUGCCGAGCAGACCAGCUCCAGCCCCCAUGAAUCGCGAUCCGACUGCCGAGAACGAUGCUCCUGCUCUCAAUGGACAGCGAACGUUGGCCCUGCUUGAAUCAGGUUCGGGGCCAGAGGUGACAAUCCAUGGGCCAAACAGCACCAAACUGCCGCGGCACAUGUCAUCCCGCGGUUCCAUAGAUAGCGCAACAGAACAUACCCACAAGGCCGUCCGACCGUCAUCUCCCCCACCUUCUACCCGCCAGGCCACCAGUACUGCUUCUAAACGAUCAUCGGGACGCAAUUCGCAGACGGUUGCUCUUCUCAAGGAGCUGGAUACGUCACGAAAUCGGAAUGCCUGGUAUGCAUCGGAACUCGAGCUAGCUCGCAAGGCUGGGUACGUCACAAGCGCAAGCUGGAGCCCGACGCUCGAUGCCAACGCAACGGAAACUUUUGACGACGAUGACCGCCCUCUCAUUGAGGCGCUCCUCGCGAUGCGGACCGAGCUGGCCAAUGUCCAGAGUGCCGUGGACAAGCAGGCCGUCCUUGCUGCCAAGCAGAUUGCCGAGGCAGAGAAACAGCGCGAUGCGGCAAUUCAGGAAGCAGUCUACGCCAAGGCAAAGAUGGCUGCACAGCCUGGAAGGUCCGCCAACAGCACUCCUCAGCAGGACGCGGACCGAGAUGAAGUGGGCGAUAGGGACAGCGAGAUCGGCAGGAGGUUCGCCUCUGCGCUCCAUCUGCAAAAGGGUCUUCAGUCACAGUUAGACCAUGCCAAGGCAGAGUUGGAGUCCGAGCGAGCUGCUCGGAAGUUGGCGGACGAUACCACCACGGCCGCUCAGAAACGGAUGUCCGAUCUCGAGAGUUACAAGCAACAUACAUCGACCGAGGUGGAGCGGCUAAAGGCAGAGCUGCACCUUGUGCAGCGCGAGGCACGCGAGCAUUCCGUCUCCAGCGCCGAGGCGGUUGCCGCCUUAGCCUUGCUCAGGAUCGAGAAGAACGACCUCGCCACCAAGUACGAAGACGCCGUGGGCAAUUCCAGAGACUACAACGAGACGUUCGAGUCGCUUCGAAGUGCCAUGACCGCCUCAGAAGACGCAAAGGCGCACCUGGAAAGGGCACUGCAGAAGGAGAGGGCGCAACGAGAGGCGAUCGAAUCCGAUUUCAACCAGCUCCGGGUCGAGCACGAAGCCCGCACCGCGGAGCUCCUCGCUUCCUCGCAGCGCCUUCGAGCUACCGAAGAACUGGCCGAGAAGCACGCCAACGAAGCCAAGGCGCAUCGACAAGCCGUCAACACUGGCCUGGAUAGGGUGCUGUCCCGGGAGGCCCCCGGGGCGACCAAGGCAGAUGCCGAACGCGUCGUUGUGCUCCAGGGCCAGGUGGUUGCGGCCAACACGCUGGUCAAGAAGUACCAGCAAGAAGCGGACGCUGCCGCCGACAAACUGCGGAGUGCCGAAGAGCGCAUCGCUGGGCUGGAACAGUACCAGGAGCAGUCUAGCCGAGAAGGCGUCGCCAUACGGAGGCAGCUACAAUCGUCUUUGAGGGAGGUGCAAAGCUUGCAGGCUGCGCACUCGGACGUCAAGAACCAACUGGCCGCUCAGCAGCUCGAGACGAACGCGAUGUCGGUGCAGCAUACCGCGCUGAAGGACAUACUCAGCGAGCGCGGUAUCAGCCCGUCGGGCGCCGUUCGAUCUCGCGGUUUGGUGAGUCCGCCGUCGAAGUCGCCGGACCAGACCCGUCUGCGGGAGCUCGAGUCCCAGCUCGUCAGCUCAAACGCUGCUCACGAGGAGACGAAGCAAGUUUUCGCCGCCCAGGCCCAUGAAUCAGAGACGGCGUAUCGUGAAAAGCUUUCGCAGCUCGAGAGUGACUAUCAGUCGGCCGUGCACUACGUCAAGGGAACCGAGAAGAUGCUCAAGCAGCUCAAGGAACAGCUCUCGCGGUACAAAACCGACAACGCUCGUUUGAAGACGGAGAUGGAGGAGCUCCAGGGCCACGUACGAACCGGCGAGGAACGACGAGCGGUACAGGACGACUGGGAAAGCGAGCGCGGCGCGCUGCGCGAGAGAAUCGAGGAUCUCGAGAAGGAGCUCCACAGCUCCGGCGCGCGCCUCGAGAAGAGCCUGAAGGAUGUGAAGUCGGAGUUAGCCGAGUCCGUCCGGCAGCGCGACCAGGCUGUCAAGGCCCGUGAGGAGGCAACGAAGUCAUUGAGCUCGCACCGCAAGGACCUCGAGCAGCUCCAGUCCGAGAACGCGCUUCUCGAGCAGCGCGCCACCGACGCGGAGGAGAAGGUGUCUCUGCUGCUCAACCAGGUCGAGCAUUCCGUCGACAGCUAUCGCCGUCAGAGCCGGCAGCCGAUUGCUGGAUCGGAUGCCAUGGUCGCCGGCACCAACAACUUGAACCUGGGUCAGGGUCAAGGGCACGGUCAGAACCACACUCGAAGCGACAGCUCCGAAACGGAGAGCGCGUAUGGUGGCAACGGUACCGAAGCCAGGAAUAGUGCCGCGCUCGACAACCUCGCAAGCGAGCUCGAGACUCUACGCAGCCACUGGCAAGCAACCAACAAGAACUACCGAUUGAGCACCAACUUUGAUUUCGACCAGCCUACAUCCCCCGGUAAGCAGUCCGAGCCUGGUUCCGCCGGCCUUGGACUGAGCGAGAGCCUCGCCGACUGGAGGAAGAGGCUCGACGCCGAUGACGCUCACGCCGAUGCACCAAAGUCGCGUAAGAGCUGA